GGGACUUGCCCCAGCCGGAGUCGGCGGCGGCGGCUGCGGGAACUUUCCCGGCGGGUCUAAUGGCUGCGCGCGGGCCGCUGUGAGGCGCGGCGGCGAGCGGGCGCGGGGCCGCGGAGCAGCGAAGAGCCAGCGACCGCGAGGCUGGAGCCCCGGCCAGGCCCGGUCCGACCCGCCGAGCCCGCGAUGCGCCCCGGUGCUGUCCCCCGGCGCAGCUGACGCCCCGCGGCCCCGCGAGACCCCAGCCCUCCCGGCCCCGCAGGAAGCGGCCGCCGCCACCCAGUCCAGCGCCCGCUCCGCCCGGGCACCAUGGCGGGGAAGGCGGCCGCCCCCGGCACCGCGGUCCUGCUGGUCACGGCCAACGUGGGCUCGCUCUUCGACGACCCAGAAAACCUGCAGAAGAACUGGCUUCGGGAAUUUUACCAGGUCCUGCAUGCACACAAGCCUCACUUCAUGGCCUUGCACUGCCAAGAAUUCGGAGGGAAAAACUAUGAGGCCUCCAUGUCUCACGUGGACAAGUUUGUCAAGGAGCUACUAUCAAGUGACGCCAUGAAGGAAUACAACAGGGCUCGUGUCUACCUGGAUGAGAACUACAAGUCACAGGAACACUUCACGGCACUAGGAAGCUUUUAUUUUCUUCAUGAAUCCUUAAAAAACAUCUACCAGUUUGACUUUAAAGCUAAGAAGUAUAAGAAAGUCACUGGCAAGGAGAUCUAUUCGGACACUUUGGAGAGCACACCCAUGCUGGAGAAGGAGAAGUUCCCACAGGACUACUUUCCUGAGUGCAAGUGGUCAAGGAAAGGCUUCAUCAGGACGCGGUGGUGCAUUGCUGACUGUGCCUUCGACUUGGUGAACAUCCAUCUUUUUCAUGAUGCAUCCAACUUAGUGGCCUGGGAGACAAGCCCCUCAGUGUACUCCGGUGUCAGGCACAAGGCCCUGGGCUAUGUGCUCGACAGAAUCAUUGACCAGCGAUUUGAGAAGGUUUCCUACUUUGUCUUUGGCGAUUUCAACUUCCGCCUGGAUUCCAAGUCUGUUGUAGAGACACUCUGCACAAAGGCCACGAUGCAGACAAUCCGGGCUGCUGAUACCAAUGAAGUUGUAAAGUUGAUAUUUCGGGAGUCAGACAAUGACCGGAAGGUCGUGCUCCAAUUGGAAAAGAAGCUCUUUGACUACUUCAACCAGGAUGUCUUCCGGGACAACAACGGAACUGCGCUCUUGGAAUUUGACAAGGAGUUGUCUGUCUUUAAGGACAGACUGUAUGAACUGGACAUCUCAUUCCCCCCCAGCUACCCCUACAGUGAGGACUCCAGCCAGGGAGAACAGUACAUGAACACGAGAUGCCCUGCUUGGUGUGACCGCAUCCUCAUGUCCCUGUCUGCCAAGGAGCUGGUUCUUAAGGACUGCAGAUUGCCUCAGCCUUCCUACACCCCCCCUCUCUCUCUUUGCUUCCAGUCAGAGAGCGAGGAGAAGGUUGCCACCUACGACCACAUUGGGCCUAACGUCUGCAUGGGAGAUCACAAGCCGGUGUUCCUGGCCUUCCGAAUCGCACCCGGGGCAGGUAAACCUCAUGCCCAUGUGCACAAGUGUUGUGUCGUGCAGUGACGUGGUGGGAAGAGGUGCCAGCGCCAUGAGAGGAUCCUCGAGAGACCUCCCUGUAGCAGUGUAUCGAACUCAUCCUCCUAACAGCUGCAUCGGAACCCGCCCAAGCGUCACCUGCUAGACGGCCGGCCCCACACUUCGCUUCAGCCUCCGGACCUCCGGAAAGCCUCACAUACCUCACUGUCGUGUCUGUCACGUGACAUUGUAGACAUAUUGGGUUUAAUCAAGCCACAGUCCUAUUGCCAAAACUCUAACAGACAGCAGAGCGCCUGUGUUUUAGACUUCACAGUUUUCCAUUUUUAACGAUUGUCUGUGGAGGAAGCUUCUCCAUUUAGAGCCCCAGGUGUCCAGCGUCCCUCUCUGCCAGGAGGAGUGUGCCGGGCACUAGCCCAGGCGGCACGGCUGUCAUGUGCGCUCAAGCCCGAGGCCCGAGGUCUGACUCUACUGCCAUGUUACAUGGCGUCUGAAUCACACUGCAGCUGCUUUCCAUUUUUAUAUAUAUAAAUACAUAUAAAUAUAUACUUUUUAAAAAUAAUUUAUAAAUCUUACCAAAACUUAUGCUGAAUAUACUUUCCAGUAUGAGUGCACGAGUGUCCUAAGCAGGCAGAACUGAAGUCUAGUUGAAUGGUGAGUCCAUCAGCAGUCAGCACCGGUUCCUGAGACAAGAUCUAGCCUGUGCCCAGGGGCGAGGGGUCCCUGCGACAUGCCUGUACUAGCAGCUUGUCACUCUUCUGCCUUUUUCUGUGUAAUAUUAAGAACUGAAUGUGAAGUUUAUAGCUAGGCUGGGUGUACCUUUUAAGAAUUUUGUAAAACGUUUUGUCUGUCUUUUGUUACCGUUUUAUGGUGCCAAGUAUCCUACAUUAAAACCAUAAUCUUGUGGGAGAAUUAGAAGUAGCCUCGUCCACUCCCCACAGAUUGCUUCUAGCAUGGGCUGUGUGUAAACGUGGCAGAGAAGCGACGGGUGAUGCUGGGCACAGCCUGUUGCCCUGACUCGCACCCAGCACUGAGUACCACGGAAGGCGCCUGCUGAGGAAACACAGCGUGCUUUUAUUGAUUUACUUCUGAACACUACAGUUCCUGGAUGGGGCGGAGGCGCCAGUUAAUGUCGGUUUCCCUAGAAAGCCCUGAAGGCCGGCCCGUGUCUUUGAUGCCAGGGUCGGGUCUGUGACUGCCAUGGUCGCUGCUUGCCAAUGCGCCAUGUCCGCAGCGGUUGUCUGUGGGUUCCAGCUGUGGGUCCUUCCUCCGAGGGCCUCUGGAAGUGACUGCUCGGUUCCUAAGCAAUAAAAUUGAUCAUGGUGAAAACA